UCUUACCGUACAGCGGUACAGGUGUCACGGAACGCCAUAAACCGCCAAAGUUUACUCUACAACUGACACGUGGCACCCCGCCAAAUGUCAUGAUUUUCUCACAUUCACCACGCUUCCACUGAAACGGACGUAUAAGAAUUAAGAACGAACCAAAACGAGGCAUCGGAAAACUCCAUAUUAGCAAUGGAGGAGAAACUGAUAGAGAGGCUUGAAUCGGCGGUGGUGCGGCUGGAGGCGCUGUCGGCCGGAGGGGCGGUUCCUCAGCAGGGUGGCGGGGAUGCCGCCGCGCUGGAUCUGUCGAUUGUGGCUUUCGACGAUCUCGUGGCACAACGCCUUGGUAGGGUUUUGGCUGCUGCGGAGAAGGUUGGGGGACAGGUUUUGGACGUGACCAAGGUUCUGGCCGAUGCGUUCUCUGCUCAGCGGGAGCUCCUUAUCACGGUCAAGCGGACGCAGAAACCAGACAUUGCAGGUUUGGCCGAGUUUCUCAAGCCACUAAAUGAAGUGAUACUUAAAGCCAACUCAAUGACUGAAGGAAGGCGAUCAGAUUUUUUUAACCACUUGAAAGCUGCUUCUGAAAGUCUUGCAGCUCUAGCCUGGAUUGCAUAUACUGGAAAAAAUUGUGGUAUGAGCAUGCCUAUUGCACACGUUGAAGAAAGUUGGCAGGCUGCAGAAUUUUACAAUAACAAGAUUCUUGUUGAGUUCAAAAAUAAAGACCCGAGUAAUGUGGAGUGGGCCAAAGCUAUGAAGGAGCUCUAUGUGCCAGGUUUGAGGGAUUAUGUGAAGAGUCACUAUCCUUUGGGCCCUGUUUGGAGUGCCACUGGUAAAAAAAUUGUUUCUGCCCCAACAAAAACUACUAUGCCAAGCACUCCCGCACCUCCAUCCACUCCACCUUCAUCACUUUUUACUUCACAAUCUCGUCAGUCUUCAUCAUCACACUCAAAGGAGGGGAUGGCUGCUGUUUUUCAAGAAAUUAAUUCGGGAAAGUCAGUGACUGCAGGUUUGAGAAAGGUCACAGAUGACAUGAAAUCUAAGAACCGCACAGAUAGGAGUGGCGUUGUUUGUGCUAGUAAGAAAGAAAGUCAUGUCAAUUCUCCUUCUUUGUCUAAAGUGGGAUCUCCAAAACUAGAGCUCCAAUUGGGUCGUAAGUGGGUGGUUGAGAAUCAAACUGGAAGGAAGGAUUUAGUGAUUGAUGAUUGUGAUGCAAAGCAGUCAAUUUAUGUUUUUGGAUGCAGAGAUUCUGUUUUGCAGAUCCAAGGGAAGGUCAACAACAUAACAGUUGAUAAAUGCACCAAGAUGGGUGUUGUAUUCACAGAUGUUGUGUCUGCUUUUGAGAUUGUGAAUUGCAGUAGUCUUGAGGUGCAGUGCCAGGGUUCAGCUCCAACAAUUACAGUGGAUAAUACAGGUGGCUGUCAAUUAUAUCUGAGCAAAGAUUCUUUGGAGACAUCUAUAACGACAGCCAAAUCAAGUGAAAUCAAUGUCUUCAUACCUGGUGCUAGGCCAGAUGAUGAUUGGGGGGAACAUGCAUUGCCACAGCAGUUUAUUCACGUAUACAAAGAUGGCCAGUUUGUAACUACUCCGCUCUCCCACUCUGGAGCCUAAUGCUGGAAAACUCUUCACAUUCAACUGCAGUGGGAAACUCGAGACUUCAUGGGAAAGAUGGCAUAAAUAUCCAAGCCCAUGCUUGAUUCUACUGUUUAGCUUUUUCGUGUUUCUAUUAUGGUACGUGUUUGUUCUCCGAUCAAUGUGUUAUCUUUUCUGAGGAGACCACAAAUGGAAAACAAUGGUUUACAGGGCGCAGAAUUUUUUUUGGCAAUUUGGAUCAAUUGUUGUUCAUUUGUGCAUUAUUUAUUAAUCAAUGACAUAACAUUGUUACUGAAUUAACAUGUUUUUGCAGUUU